AUGAAAAAUACGGGAACUUGAAUGGAUUUGGAGGUAAAAGGAGUGGCUACUUCUCCUAGGAGCCAAUCUCAGCUACUCUUGAGAAGAAAGAAGCCACUACAACAAGGAUGGGUUUCCAGAUCAUGGGCAACUCCGAAUCCCUACCCACCUAUGGUCCCACCACUUGAUUUGGGAAGCCUUGUGAGCUCUGAUGAUGAGGAUGAUUUUUCAUAUGUUCCACUUAAUAUGGUGCAUAAUCAUUUUAACCGACCAAAGUCAUCUGCUCUUGGUUGGGUCUCACCAGGUCAAAUACCAUAUGCUCAGCAUUAUCUAAAUGAACUGGAACAGGACAUAAUACCUGAAAAUUUGCCAUCACCAACAGGCAAAUACAAGCUAAAAUAUCAACCAUAUAAAACUGAAAUGAAAGAGGGAUAUACACAAUAUAGUCAGAGAAGUUCAGAAAAGACAAAAUCAAAUAUCACACAUCAACAGCCUUCAAGAAACAAGAUUGAUGAAAAGGGUGAAGAAAACAGCUUGGAUGACCUCACAACUCUGGAUAGGAAAGCCCUCUUGCAGAGUGACUAUGUGCACAACUCUCAACAUGURCAGCACAACGCAAGGAAAUCAGAUGCGGAAAUUGUGGCUGCAGAGAAGAAGAAACAGACCGUCACAGAGCAAAUGAUGAUCGACCACUUAUCUAGGGCUGUCAUCAGUGAUCCAGAGCAAAAUGUAACCACUGAGAAACAAGAAACUACUCAUCCUCUACGACUUAGGAAAAGAACACUACAUGAAACAAAGAUAAGAACCCACUCUACAUUAACUGAAAAUGUGCUUUCUCAUAAAGUACAAUUUGAUGGUAGGAUCAUAUCGAGAAAUGGACAUGAGGCCUGCCGAGAACUGAUUGGGUUCUUUUUCACUCAUGACCAGUCUCUCACAAUGUAUGAGUACCGGCAAUUUGGGAAAAACAGAACAAAUGUGCUUCCUUUUAUUCAAAAAAACAUUUAUAGUCACCAGAGUGGACGAAGAAAAGGAAAACCAUACCAACUUGGUGAUUUUUAUAUUGGUGCAACCUUGACAUUUUUGACCUCUGAUCACCCAAGCCUUCCAGAAAGCAUGAAAGAAAAUUCAAUACUUAGACUUCGAAUCACCAAUAUUGAUCAAAUAGCUUUGGAUUCUCUGAAAACUACUUCAGUGGAAUAUGAAAGUGAUAUAAUCAAUCAAGAAGCCAAUGAUAGRCUGGUCUUCAAGACCAUUCAAGAUGUGCUAAAAGAAAAACUACGUAAAAGAGGUGUUCGUAUUUUGACUGGAUUGGGAAAACACUUUCAACAAUUGGACAAGGAAGGAAAUGGGCUUUUAAAUAAGGCAGAUUUGAAGCAAGCUCUGAAAGUUUUUCAUUUAGAWGUGUCGGAAGAGGAUUUUGAGUCUUUGUGGCUGAUUCUGAGUGGCAGUGGUGAUGGCGAGGGCAAGGACAAGGACAAGGUAGAUUAUGGAGAAUUCAAACGUGCCAUUAUUGGUGAAAUGAAUGAAUACAGGAAAUCAUUUGUUCGAAAGGCUUUUAUGAAACUGGAUUUCAACAAAACUGGCACUGUGACUCUCACAGACAUAAGAAAAUGUUAUUGUGCCAAGGAGCAUCCUCAAGUAAUUUCAGGCCAUUCCACAGAGGAAGAAAUCAAAUCAUCUUUUCUAGAAACAUUAAAGACCAUCUGCAGCAAGUCUGAUGAAGUAUCAUAUGGUGAAUUUGAAGAUUACUAUGAAGGUCUAAGCAUAGRGAUAGCAGAUGAUGCAGAUUUUGUUAACAUCUUACGUAUUCCAUGGGGAAUUUAG